ACCACCGAAACACUUCCCUUUCUUUCCUCUCUGCUGUCAGUUGGAUUCCCUCCUGAAUUAAAUAUUAAUAAUUGGUUAAUUCCUCCUAAAAUAAUUUGCGAGUGAAAAUGGGUAAAACUAAGGACCCUGACGCACCAAAGCGCCCCCUCAGCGCUUUUUUUCUAUUUUCGGGUGAAAUGAGGCCUAAGAUUCGCCAAGAAAAUCCCGGCCUUAGUUUGGGCGAAAUGGGGAAGGAGUUGGGGAGACGUUGGGCCUCAAUUGACGCCGCCUCCAAGAAAAAGUACGAAAAGGCUGCCGCUGCUGCAAAGGAGGAGUACCAGAAGAAAAUGGCCAAGUACAAGGGAGAGCCGGCUGCGAAGGGGAAAAAGAAGAAUUGAAGAACUGACGACUGCAUAAUUGAUGGACAAAUUGUUGUCUACCUCAUUUAAUUCCAUUUUCUCAUCUGUAGAACUAAAUAUCAAGAUAAUGUUUGUUGUGGUUUCUUAAUUUUUUGUGUCUAAUUUUUUUAUAUGCAAUUUUGAAUUGGUAUGGAUUAAAUGAGUUUGAAUUUUGUAGUCCGCUCUGGUUAAUUCUUAUUGGGCCGUCCAUUCUCGAACUAUAGUCACGAGCGAAUACAUAUACUGCAAUAUUUUUUAUCUGAUUUUAAAUUUUGUUCAAUAUUUAAGUUUUUUGUAGCAAUAAUUUAUUUUAUCCUGUUUAAUUUUUAGUAAAUCCUAGGUGGAGACGAUUGAAAAGUAAUUUUAAUAAUAAGGACUAUUGAAAUCAAGAGAGGAAUGUACAGACUCCAGAACAACGGGAACUUGCGAAAGCGUGAGAUUGUAUUUGGGUGGGGAGAGGAUCUGGUUUGUAUAUAAGAAACGGAGGAAGGGGGUAAUGAUCUCUGAAUUUGCAAAAUUUUAGCAUUGUAGGCUUACUAGGAUGUGAAAGCCACCCAACUUUCAUCAUAAAGACGACAAUGACGAAACUCCUUCCAUAUCGACAUUACAGCUACCUCUAUGUGUACAAUGCUGAAAUAAAUAUAUGUGCAUUUUGGAAA